AUGUCGUCCGCAACGCUGGCAACCGAGGUCGACCGCGCCGAGAAAGGAGAAAAUGGGCCGAGUGAGAACAGCGACGAGAAGGUCGACUGGGACGGCCCUGACGACCCCGCCAACCCGAUGAACUGGUCGACCAGCAAAAAGACUGCGCAGCUGGUUUUGAUGGCCGCAAACACCUUUAUCACCCCUCUCGCCUCGUCCAUGUUCGCGCCUGGGAUAAAAGGCGUCAUGAUGGAAUUCCACUCGAGUGAUACAAUGCUGGCCUCCUUCGUCGUUUCCGUAUUUGUCCUGGGGUACGUGGUCGGCCCGUUCGUCAUCGCGCCGCUCUCAGAACUAUACGGCCGCGUCCCGCUCUACCACGCCUGUAACGUGAUGUUUCUGGUGUUCACCAUCGCCUGCGCCGUCGCCAAAACGCUGCCACAGUUGAUCGUCUUUCGAUUGUUUGCUGGCGUUGCCGGCGUUUGUCCGAUCACGAUCGGAUCAGGCACAAUUGCCGAUAUGACUCUGCAGGAGAAGCGCGCCGGCAUCAUGGCCAUAUGGGCACUGGGGCCUAUCCUCGGCCCCGUCGUUGGGCCCGUCGCUGGAGGGUUCCUGUCCGAGGCGGAGGGCUGGCGAUGGGUGUUUUGGGUUAUCGCAAUCACGACCGGCGUAAUCAGCAUUGGUGCGCUUAUCGCCUACCGCGAGUCAUACGCGCCCGUCCUGCUUGCCCGCAAGGCUGCCCGACUGCGCAAGGAGACAGGGAACCCGUCCCUGCGGUCCGUCCACGAUACCGGCCGGACCCCGAAGCAGGUCUUUGUCGACGCCUUCACGCGUCCGAUCAAGUUCCUCUUCCUGUCGCCCAUUGUCUUCCUCUUUUCGCUCUUUUCCACCAUCUCCUAUGGGUACCUGUACCUCAUGUUCACCACCAUCACCAGUAUCUUCGAGGGCCAGUACGGCUGGGCUCCUUCAAUCGCAGGCCUUGCGUAUCUGGGAUUCGGUAUCGGUAGUAUGGUCGGCCUCAUCGUUAGCGGUGCAAUCGGGAACAAGAUCGCGGCCGAUCAUACGGCCAAGGGUAUAUUCAAACCGGAGUCCCGUCUGCCGCCGAUGAUCUUUGGGUCGCUGGCCAUCCCGAUCGGGCUUUUUUGGUACGGCUGGAGCGCCGAGGCUAAGACGCACUGGAUCGUGCCGAUUAUCGGUACGGGCGUGUUCGCUGUGGGAUUGAUGGUUGUGUUCAUGGUUGCCAACACGUAUCUCGUCGACUCGUACCUGCUGCAUGCGGCCUCGGUCACGGCCGCGAACACCGCGCUGCGGUCGCUCGGCGGUGCGCUGCUGCCGCUGGCGGGGCCAGACAUGUAUGAUGCCCUCGGUCUGGGAUGGGGGAACUCGUUGUUGGCGUUUAUUGCAUUGGCGAUGUGUGCGUGUCCGGUGUUAUUCUGGAAGUACGGAGAGAUGAUUCGCACGCAUCCCCGGUUUCAGAUCCGGUUGUAG